AUGAACGUUUCAACAAAGAAAAAGGAGGCUAUUAGGCGUAAAUUAGUAAUAGUCGGGGACGGUGCUUGUGGCAAAACAUCUUUACUGAAUGUGUUUACGUUGGGAUACUUUCCAAAGGUUCCAACUGUAUUUGAUAACCUCGUCACAGACAUCAAAAUUGAUGGUAGACUGGUUCAACUGGCUUUAUGGGAUACAGCAGGUCAAGAAGACUACGAG